AUGGAUAAUCGCGGCUCCUUUUUCUUCCUCCUGUUGAUAUUCUACCUCCUUCUCAGCUCACAGUCGCGCCCUCCGUUGAUCGAUGAGAACCGUCAGCGCCAGCGGGAACUAGAUCGCGAGCAACAUGCUCUGCGGCUCCUGAAUGAAACAAAGUACGGGGACUUUAAUCCGCCGGAAGAUCGAUGGCUUCCCUUUGCAGGAGUGCGGAAGAAUGACAGUUAUGCCUGGGAUUUGUUCCCCCAUGUCCAGAGCCGUGCGCGACAUCAGCUCCAGUCCAUUCUCACGAAUGCCGACAUCGAACCACCGAAAGGUUUAGAUGAUCCAAAUGGGGUAGCCCCGUUUAAUAUGACCAACCUGUCCCUACCUGUGUAUCGCAAUGCGACAGGCAAAUUAAGAGGGGAUUGGGUUCGCCGGACUGGAGAUCCUCAGCGCCAGACUCCUCUCAAUACAACGGCCAUUGCCCGCGAACACGAAUAUUUUACCCAUGAGUUUAGCUCCAAUAUCACAGGUACCGGAGGCACACUAUACUUCGAUCUGGAAGAAGGAAGCGGAGAGGAACUCCGACUUGGCGAGGGGCUCGUACGUGAAAUUCGAGCGAGCUUGACUGUUGAGAGUGAUGAUUUUUGGGGCAGCACCUGGUACUUGUCACUAUUCGGAAUACACUUUCCAGAAAACGGGGCGAUUAUUUUGACUACUUCAAGUGAGAAGUUUGGUGGCAUAUUUUCUUUGCCGCACUUCGCAUUAUCUGCCGAUACUUAUGAAUUGUCGCAUCGGCUUCUGCUCAGGUCUCUCAAAGACGCCAUGUCUGAGAAACAGAAUCGACCUGCUUCGCUAUUUCCAUGGUCUUCUUUGGCGGGAAAUGAACAAAUGGAGUUCCCGGCACCCAAGUGUGAACAUGUUAUCUUCCUACAACAACAUCCAGUCGUGAUCGAUGGUGUUCUUGCCGAUCGCUUAACACUGGAGAGGAUUGAACGAGAACUCAGGUAUCCCAUGGGGGCACCUAUUCCAAGUCCUCCUUUGAUGACCAUGUCUGCAGUCGUCUUCUCGCCCGACUGUGGCUAUGUACUCGAAACAAAAGGCACCCCGGAAUUUCCCCCGACUGACCCGCUCUACCUCUCCGGACCUAAAAGUGAACAGUAUAGUAAAUAUGCAGCCCGCCUUAUAUUUGUGGUUUCUGGGGCGUUCGUUGCACAGAUCACUCUGCUUUUGCGCCAGAUUAAAGAGGCUUCGACCCCUUCGACUCGGAGUCGGGUCAGUUUCUAUACCAUCGCAUUGAUGGCGCUCGGUGAUGCCUUCGUUCUCACCUUCAUCGUUUUGGAGCUCUACGAGGCUGUCUCCUUUUUGGUACUAGCAACUGCUUCCUUCUUGGCAUUCUUGUCUGUCAGUUACAUUGGAAUGAAGUUCAUGAUGGAGAUCUGGGCUGUACAGGAGCCAGAACGACGCGAAGAACAAGCAGCUUCUCCACCGGCUCCAACACGACCAGGCACUCUACCCCUGCCGGUCACUGCAGCCCGAGACUCCGGUGCUACCCCGAUCAUUUUAACUCCCGAUCAAGAUCCCCCUGAGAAUGAAACAGAGCUACCGCCCGCCAAUCGGACCGCUACACCAACAGCCGGACAAAUUCGCAGUGAUGUUGGCGCCAUGUAUGCGCGCUUUUAUCUUGCUCUUUUUGGCAUGCUCAUCCUCUCGAUAUGGGCAUUCCUCCUGCCUCGGCGUUUAGGAUCCAUCUAUGUGCGCCUCUUAUCGGGAGUUUACCUCUCGUUCUGGGUUCCACAGAUCCACCGCAACGUCAUGCGCAACUGCCGUAAGGCCUUGCGGUGGGAUUUCGUGAUCGGUCAGAGCACUCUCCGAUUGUUUCCCUUCUUGUAUUUCCUUACAGCCCGGGGCAAUGUGCUAUUUAUUCGACCCGAUUGGACAACAGCAUUUAUCAUGGCUGGUUGGAUGUGGGUUCAGGCCUGGAUCCUUGCUAGUCAAGAUAUCUUGGGCCCGCGCUUCUUCGUCCCACGGGGCUGGGCUCCGCCAGCCUAUGACUACCACCCCACGUUACGGGAUACUGCCGGACCUGAUGACGAUUUGGAAGCUGGUGGCGUAUUAUCUAUCACUUCCCUUCGAGCCGAUAAACAGGAUUUGGUGAGCGAUUCCAAGGAUGAUGAUAAGCAGCGGUCGAAGGACCGCAAAAAAGUCGUGUUCGAUUGUGCGAUUUGCAUGCAGGAUAUCGAGGUCCCUGUUCUUCCUGCGCCUACUUCUGCUGGCGGAAGUAUUGUUUCGGAAGGGGCUACGAGUAUCUUGAGUCGUCGUAAUUACAUGGUGACACCCUGCCGACAUAUCUUCCAUACGGCUUGUUUGGAAAGCUGGAUGAGACUUCGUCUCCAAUGCCCCAUUUGUCGUGAUACUAUUCCACCUGUAUAG